UUGACACAUACCAUUUGAGAACUCCUAAUAUAGACCCAGCUGCUUUGUAGAAAAGGCUAACAAACGGUCUGAGUUUGCUGCUUUGAAAACCACUUUUUCAUGGACACAAGACAGAGUUAUGGAGCCUCGUUCACAGGUGAAAUGUAUAUGAUUGGGGGUGUCUGGGAGGUUGAUAAUAUUGUUGAAACCAAGGAAAUAAGUAGCCAUGGGGAUUUUGUUGACAGUGAUAUAUGUUAUAGGUGUCAUUCCCAGAAAAGAAGCAGGAAAUACAGAGUCAAGGUACAAUGCCUGGCAGAUGUCUGCAUUUGGAUCUGUGCCUGGAAAUGUGCAUAUGUGUAUUUGCAUUUGUUGGCUUUGUGCUGUUAGCACUUUCCUUCGUUUUGUUGCUGUGUGUGUGUGUGCAUGAAUAUGUCUUCGUCUAUAACUGCUGAACCCUGUUCAAACAGUGUGUUGUGACCAGCUGGUGUAUUUUCUCCUAGAGGCUGAUGCCACAGUCUACAUGAAAUUCAUGAAAAGUCACCGCUGUUAUGAUGCCAUUCCAACCAGCUGUAAACUGGUCAUAUUUGAUACCACACUACAAGUGAAAAAAGCCUUUUAUGCACUGGUGGCAAAUGGCUUGAGGGCUGCACCACUAUGGGACAGCAAGCUGCAGAGAUUUGUGGGUAUGCUGACUAUUACAGAUUUCAUCAACAUCCUUCACUGCUAUUACAAGUCCCCCAUGGUUCAGAUGUAUGAGCUUGAGAGCCACAAGAUAGAAACAUGGAGAGGUGAUUCCCUUCGAAAUGUUUAUUUGCAGUAUUCCAAUAACUUCCUCAUUAGUAUCUCUCCAGAGGCCAGCCUCUUCGAAGCCAUCUAUUCCUUACUCAGAUACAAAAUCCACAGGCUGCCCGUAAUCGAUCCAGAGUCUGGGAAUGUCCUGCACAUUCUGACCCACAAAAGAAUCCUCAAGUUCCUCCAUAUAUUUGGGAAAAAACUUCCCAAGCCUGCAUUCACAAAGAGGCCGAUCCAGGAACUUGGGAUAGGAACUUUCAGGAACAUCGCCACUGUCCAGCAAACAGCAUCGCUUUAUGAUGCCCUCUCUAUAUUUGUGGAGAGGCGGGUGUCUGCGCUGCCAGUGGUGGAUGAACAAGGCAAAGUUGUGGCACUCUACUCAAGAUUUGAUGUCAUUAACCUGGCAGCCCAGAAGACCUACAACAAUCUGGACAUGACAAUGCAGGAGGCUGUUGAAAAGCGGAUAUGUUGCGUUGAGGGAGUUAUUAAGUGCUAUCCAUACGAAACCUUGGAAAUCAUUUUAGACCGUAUAGUUAAAGCUGAGGUCCAUCGGCUGGUCCUGGUGGACAGAGCUGAUGUGGUGAAAGGCAUCAUCUCUCUGUCUGACCUGCUGCAGGCAAUGGUCUUAACCCCUGCAGGUAUUGAUGCCCUCUUGUCCUAGCACCAGGGGAAAGAGGGUCCCCCUCCCCUCCUUUAGCACCUGUGUAGGCUUGAGUCCUGGCAGUGCACCCAGGCAGAAAUUGAUAUGUGACUGAAAUGAGCGCUCAUACCAGGAAGAAAUAAUCCCCAACGCUACUGCUGUUUAUAUGCUUUCUGAACCCUAAUGCCCCAAUGCAUCUGCGCAGCUCCACAACACAAAGCAGCAUUUGAUCAGCUUGAUUAGUAAAUGUUUACUGAUUUUGAUAACAUUUCUCAAUUAAAUUUGUAUUUAAGCUUGUUGUGUUGUCUUUUCAGUGCUUUGCCUCAUAAAAACGUAAUUAUUUGGCCU